UUAUCGUACAUUAGCGGUGUUGUUGCUGUCGCUGUGUUGUUGGGUUCGCUCCGGACGUGGAAACUGUCGUUGAAUUACACAGAAUUAAACGAGUGCCCGAAAAUAUUACAAAUUUCUGAAGUUGAUUUGAAAAAAGUGUUGUCGUCAAGCUGUCAAGCUGUAGAGUGUUGGAGACUGCUGUGUUGUGCUGUGAAACUGCUGGUGCAGCCUUGCUAAGAUCUCGAAGGCGUCCAGUGUGGGAUUACAUCCCAUUCAUGUGGUCGUUGGUGCGCUGAAACUGGAUUUGGAAACGAGUAUUGUUGAGUAUUAGAAAGAAGUUUGGUAUUAGAAAAGCUCAUAUGAGCAAAAUGAGAUAACAUGUAAGACUCAAACUAACGGCUUGCUAAGACAGGAGUUGCAAGUUACUGGUGAGGCUCAGGUCAGCGUCUUGUUCGGAUACCCACGUGGGGCACUGGGUACUGAUGGAAGCCACACUGAAGUCCUCAGGGCUUACAGACGUGUCCCCAACACGAAGCCUCUUCCCUACACGCCCUGAGAGAACCCGCGGAGAACCUGUAUGGCAGACAAGGCCAUGUCGAUCAUCACCCGCAGUUGCUGGUCCACCAAUUCUAAGCUUUGGGUCAGAUAAACUGGAGUCUGAGAGCCAUACCCCUUCAACGAAGCCAGCGCUGGGUGACACAUUGCCGUUCCUGUUGCAUAGGAACAUUAUGCCACCAAAGGAAACAUCUGAGCCUUUUAAGGAACCAUCCACAGUGAUGUCUAGGGGACUACCUCCAACAUUGCCUAAGGAACCGCCGACAACAUUGCCUAAGGAACCGCCGACAACAUUGCCUAAGGAACCGGCGAUAACAUUGCUUAUGGAACCACCGACAGCACCACCUACGAUACUGCUUGUAGGCAAGAAUAAGAUAAGGGAGACAGGCAACGCUAGCACCCUCGCUAGACUGUGCCGCCAGGUGGAGGCCCUGGGGUGGAGAGCCUUGGACCAGGACCCGGACGACCUGCCUCACCUCGCCUCACUUCAGCAUCUGGUCAGAGUGAACAACAUCGUCGCCGUCGUGGGCCUUCAUGCCUACAGGUCGGGUCGUGUCCUGCUGGCCUGCAAGGAGAUGGGGCUGCCCUACCUCCUGGUGUUCGGGGGGACGGACGUGUACGAGUGCGUGAAGGAGGCGACGAAGGUGCAGCUGAUGACCCAGGUGGUGCUGGCAGCUUCCCACCUGCUGGCCUUCCACAGUGACGUGCGACGCAUCGUCCUCCACACCUGGCCAUUGGUUAAUCCGGAAGUGAUUUCCAUUAUACCACAAGCAGUCAUCGUCGAUCCCACUCCCGAUUUCGAGGUCUCGUCUUACCUCAGGAUGCUGGAUGACGCCCAUGAAAAUUAUCUUGCGGAGAACAAGUAUGUCACGUCCGAAUCUUCACAGAGCCCCAUGAAAGAAAAAUACAUCAGUCUUCCCUUAAACAACUCGAACAACUUCAAAGAAAACCAGAUGAAAGAAAACCUUUUAACAUGUAUUUUUGAAGAGAAACUAAUGCAAUAUCCAGCGAAGUCUAAUAGUCCACUAGGCGAAAUAUCCAAAGGAACUAUGCUGGAUGCCAAUUCCCAAGUAGAAAAGCAAGACUUGCCGGAAAAAUUCCAGCCCUUAGUUGUGUUGGUUGCUGGUCUGAGACCCGUAAAAGAUGUGUUGUUCGUGGUGGACGCUUGGAGCGGCUGGCACGCGGCCAGAGGUGGUUGUGGCAGGUUUGUGAUCGUUGGCCCCACACUCGACCCCCUCUACGCCUCCAGGGUCUACGCCCACGCUGCCAGGUCGAGUGGUGUGCGAGUGGCCCCCAGUCUGGCCCCGAAAGAGUGUCAGGCUCUCAUCAAGAGUGCCACAGUGAUGGUCAACUCCUCCACGUCAGAGAGUAUGCCGUCUGCCCUGCUGGAAGCCAUGAUGCUGGGGACGCCCGUGCUGGCUCGAGACAUCCCUGGCAACGCCUCCGUCGUGACCCAUGGCCACUCCGGCCUCCUCUUCUCCUGUCCCGACAGCUUUCUUCGGGGGCUCGAAGCCCUGCUCCGCCACGUCCCUCUCAGACGCGCCCUUGUCGCCGCCGCCAGGGACCUGGUCGCCAGCCGCCACUCCCUUCACGAGGAGAGGGUCGGACUCCUGAAGGUCCUUCAACGGGUGCUGAAGUAGGUCCCACAUGGAGACUUUUGGAGUGGGUCGCCCUCAUUCCAGCCUCUACGGGAGGGCCGCCCUCAUUCCAGCCUCUACGGGAGGGUCGCCCUCAUUCCAGCCUCUACGGGAGGGCCGCCCUCAUUCCAGCCUCUACGGGAGGGUCGCCCUCAUUCCAGCCUCUACGGGAGGGUCGCCCUCAUUCCAGCCUCUACGGGAGGGCCGCCCUCAUUCCAGCCUCUACGGGAGGGCCGCCCUCAUUCCAGCCUCUACGGGAGGGCCGCCCUCAUUCCAGCCUCUACGGGAGGGCCGCCCUCAUUCCAGCCUCUACGGGAGGGUCGCCCUCAUUCCAGCCUCUACGGGAGGGCCGCCCUCAUUCCAGCCUCUACGGGAGGGCCGCCCUCAUUCCAGCCUCUACGGGAGGGCCGCCCUCAUUCCAGCCUCUACGGGAGGGUCGCCCUCAUUCCAGCCUCUACGGGAGGGCCGCCCUCAUUCCAGCCUCUACGGGAGGGUCGCCCUCAUUCCAGCCUCUACGGGAGGGUCGCCCUCAUUCCAGCCUCUACGGGAGGGCCGCCCUCAUUCCAGCCUCUACGGGAGGGCCGCCCUCAUUCCAGCCUCUACGGGAGGGCCGCCCUCAUUCCAGCCUCUACGGGAGGGCCGCCCUCAUUCCAGCCUCUACGGGAGGGCCGCCCUCAUUCCAGCCUCUACGGGAGGGUCGCCCUCAUUCCAGCCUCUACGGGAGGGCCGCCCUCAUUCCAGCCUCUACGGGAGGGCCGCCCUCAUUCCAGCCUCUACGGGAGGGUCGCCCUCAUUCCAGCCUCUACGGGAGGGUCGCCCUCAUUCCAGCCUCUACGGGAGGGCCGCCCUCAUUCCAGCCUCUACGGAAGGGCCGCCCUCAUUCCAGCCUCUACGGGAGGGUCGCCCUCAUUCCAGCCUCUACGGGAGGGCCGCCCUCAUUCCAGCCUCUACGGGAGGGUCGCCCUCAUUCCAGCCUCUACGGGAGGGCCGCCCUCAUUCCAGCCGCUACAGGAGCGCCGUCUGGUUGCAUUCUUUUCACUGUAUAUGCUCAAAUAAAAGCAAUAUAGAACAAAAGAUACAUUA